AUGUCGUUAAGUCUUCUUUUGGAGAAAUAUGAUGUCUCAACUGAUGAAGGACUACAAAAAGCUCUUAAUGAAAUCGAAAAGGAAGAGACGGAGGUUGACGAAGCUCUCUCCGGGGUGUUAUCCCGCGCCAGCUUGCUGGAAGGUCGUCUUCGCACCGCAAGUCAGGCUUAUACUAAGCUAACUGAAGUAAAGACUGAUGCUCAAGUCGCAGCCGACAUGGUAGAUAGAACAGCUAACCUGGCACGGGAUGUUAGCGCCAAAGUUCGCCAACUCGAUCUAGCUAGGUCUCGUGUUGCAGAAUGUCAACGACGCGUCCAUGAUUUAAUAGAUCUACAACUGUGCAGCGCUGGUGUGGAAGCUGCUAUCAAAGCACAUGAUUAUGAAAUUGGUGCUGCUCACGUUUCUCGUUUCUUGGGUAUGGACCCAGGGUCAGUAGCUGCUGCGCGAGCACGUGGAGCCCCCGAUCCGCGUGAUGCGAUGACCCGCGCUGCUAACACACUCCGAGAACAUUUGAUACGCAAGUUUGAAGAAGCAUCUCGCAAGGAGGAUGAACCCAGUGUGGAUAGACUGUUCAGGUUGUUCCCACAGAUCGGACGAGCAGAGGAAGGAGUGGAGUUACUUGCCAAAUAUCUCACCACUCAAACUGAGGCUGCCAUCCGUCGCGCCUGCAUAAUAACGGACGUGGGUUCAGAGGCGUGUGUGUUUGCUGACGCCAUCACUCGCGUGGUGGAGGCAGCCGGCGCUGCUAUAGAACGCGCCAGGAACGCCCAUUUAGUUUCACAAGCUUACGGCUUGCUCACUACCACUAUACGGAUAUUGCAACCAUCUGUAUGCGCAGGAGUCCGUCGGGUAUAUAACGAGCUUGUAGCGGCCAGACGGUUGGAAUCGGACCCUCAGCGCACAGCCAUGUCACCCCUCAGUGUAGAACCUGUGCUGACGGAACUGGCACUUAUCCAUUCAAGGAUUUGGUUAUACUUUAUGUUCCUUAGGAGGAAAACUGAGGUGGAUGCAAAUCAAGUAAAUGAAACAGAGAAGAAACUUUGUAUGGAAAAGGUUGAGAAAAUCAUAGCCGACUGUGAUUUGAUGAGGACAGCUCAAGAUAUUUUGGGACAUUAUCUGACAUUGGAGAGGUAUUUCCUGGAGGAGAGCGUCAACAAAGCUUUAAAAAUGGCAACACCGCAGGUCGGCGUGACCACCUCCAGUCUCGUAGACGACGUAUUUUUCAUAGCCAGGAAGGUGAUCAGGCGCGCGGUGUCGUCGGGCAGCGUGGACGGCGCGUGCGCGGUGCUCAACGACGUGUGCGGCGCGCUGGAGCAGCACGCGGCGCGCGCGCUGCGGCGCUGGCUGCGCGCGCCGCCGCUCGAGCCCCUCGCGCUGGCGCCGCCCCGCGACCCCGGCGCCCCGCCCGACGCCGCCGGAGACUUCGCGCGCAGCCUCAACCGCGACCUCGACGCGCAGCGCCUGCUCUACCUGGCGCACAUGAACGAGGCGGAGGCGGGCGCGGAGUGGGCGGAGAGGCUGGCCACGGAGGCGUGCGCGGCGGCGGGCGGGCUGGCGCGCGGCCAGGCCGAGCGCGACAAGCUGGUGUCGUGCGCGGGCGGCCUGGCCUCCGCCGCCGCCGCCUUCCGCGCCGCGCACGACCUGGCGCUGGGCGCGCUGGCGCAGGCCGUGCAGCCGCGCCUCGUCGCCUGGGCGCACCGCCUCGCCGACCCGCACCCGCACACAGAGGAAAUGGAAGAUGACGCGGACGCUCUCCCGCAGGCACUGGAACAGUUCACAGAAACCGCACGAGCACAAAUAUCGGCGAGGUCUGUGGACACUCUGCUGUUGGCUGCACUCACUGAGAUAGCGACUAGAGCUGAAGCCGCCAUACUACAUAACAAAUAUGACAGGGAGGGCGGGCUGGGCGUGGAGCGUCGCGCGCGGCGGCUGGCGGGGUGGGCGGGCGGCAGCGUGCCGGCGGCGCGCGAGCGCUGCGCGCGCCUCACGCAGGCGGCGGCGCUGCUCGCGCUGGAGCUGCCCGCGCACGCGCGCGACGCGCUGCUGCCCACGCCGCGCCUGGCCGCGCCGCACGCCAAGGACAUCCUGGCGCGCAGAACCGAUUUCAAGAUGGAAGAAAUCAAACGCUUGAAGCUGUAG